CGCCAGACCAAGCAGGAUGCUGCUCGACCUCGGCCCGGAUGUGCUCGAGGUCGUCGCCGAGUACAUGGACGUUCGGUCCGUGCUGCAGCUGGCGGCCACAACGCGCCUUCUGCAUACCGCCGUCGCCGCGUCGACGGUGCUCUGGGAGGCGCUGUGCGUCCGGGACUUUCGCAUUGCGCCACAGGCGUUCCCGCGGGCAACGGCCCAGUGGGCCACGCUGUACCGGCGCAUGCACGCGCCCAUCGUGCUGACGUGGGGCGUCGGCAGUAACGGUCGACUAGGCCCCGGCGGCGGCCACACGACCGUCGAUCGUCCCCGCGCCAUCGACACGUCGGGCCUCGGCAAGGUCGCCCGCAUUACGUGCUCGGGCUUUGGCAUGCACGCGCUCACGCAAGACGGUUGCAUCUGGUUCUGGGGCUCGUUCAACGGCUAUGGAUCGCAUGAUCGGCUUCGUGUGCCCGUGGACGAGCCGUGUCGGAGCCUCAGCAGCGGGCGCACGCACGGAUGCGCGCUGGGCGACAGCGGCGCCGCCUACGCCUGGACCGAGUCGCGCCAGGUGUCGGUUGUGCAAUGCAACUCGGCGACCGAUGCGCCCGUCGUCGACGUCGUUGCGGGCUGGAGCCACGUCGCCGUGCUCUUUGCGAACGGUGCUGUCAAGACGAGACACGUGAACGACCUCGGUACCAUGGCCUUGCAAGCCGCGGAGCAGCUGCCGCUCGACGACGACCGGGCCGUGCAAGUCGUCGCCGGCGCCGACUUUACUGCAGUCGUCACCGACGCCGGGCAUGUGUUCCUCUGGCGCCAGAGCCCAAUGCACCUGGAGCGGCUCAACGACGACAGUGGCCGCCCCAUCGUUGCAACGCAUGCCACGGCGUGCUACCAGACUCUCUCGAUCUUCAACAGUCGUACCAACUCGGUUCGGUCGUAUGUCGUCACCAGCACCGAUCUCAAGGACGUGACGCCGGCGACGCUGGCCAGCCUCGGCGUGUGCAAGGUGACGCACGGCGACUGGCACUCGGGCGUGCUCACGAGCACGGGGCACGUCUGGACGUGGGGCAACGGCUCGGCUGCCCUCGGCACCGGCAACCACGGCAGCCGCGGAGUGCCCACACCGACGCAAGUGACGAUCGGUCUCGAGAACCUCUUUGUGUUUGACAUUGGCUUUGGCGGGUGGCACUCGGCGGCGCUGGCCGUCGCCUUGUGACAUUGGCUAUUCGUACUUUUGAAGGACAUUGUGUGCAAACAGAUAUACCGUUUAUCGAUACGUCA